AUGUCAAUAAUGGUCACCGGCGGCACAGGCUUCAUCGGCAGGCGCAUCGUCCGUGAGCUAACCGACCGCGGCGAGGAGGUCGUCAGCUUCGAUCUCGCGCCACCACCACCUCAGCAGGAAGGCGUAACCUACUACCGUGGCGAUGUCACGCAGUUGCCGCAGCUUCUGGAAGCCUGCAACACGCACGGCGUAACGCGCAUCGUCCACAUGGCCGCGCUCCUGCCACCCGACACCGAAGACCGCCCUCACUUCAGCAUGCAGGUCAACAUCGGCGGCACAAACAACGUCUUCGAGGCGGCACGCUGGAGACCUUCGGCGACAGACCCGUCAACGAAGACGACCUGUCCGCGCCCCCACAACGUCUAUGGCAUGACCAAGGCAGUCAACGACUUCGCAGCAGCCCGCUACCGCGACCUCUACGGCCUCGACCUGCGCGGCAUUCGCAUCUGCACCGUCUUCGGGCACGGCCGCGUAACCGGCAUGACAGGCAUGAUCGGCGGACUCAUGAUCUCGCUUCCCGCAGUCGGUGAGCCAAUAGACUUGCCCUUUGACCCCGAUGAACUCUCGCCUAUGAUUCACGCCGAAGACGCCGCCCAGAUAUUCGUGCGCGCCGCCCUCGCCGAGAACCUGAACCAUCCCGUCUAUAUCAGCGGCGGUCACCUGUGCAACAUCGGCGACAUGGCAGACAUCGUGCGCAGCAUCAUUCCCGACGCCCAUAUCACAACCGGCGAGCGCAAAGUGCCGCACAUCUACCUCGUUGACAACAGCCGCAUGCUCGCCGACAUCGGCUACGAGAUCGCCCCGCUGGAAAUGCGCAUCCGUGACCACAUCAACGACGCCCGCCGAGAAGCGGGGCUUGAGCCCGUCUCAUAG